CUGGAAUCCGAGCCGUGAGAGAGCAAAAGGCAGAAGUUGGGCGCCCCGAGAGACGAGGUUGGGUUUUGUGCUGGGAGUCGGGUGCAUUCCCUUCACGUUUGGAUGAUGCCGUCUGACAAAUCCACCUCAGAUGCUCCAAUCUUCCAGUUCACCAACUGCUGGAUUUUGAAGAAUCAUGAGCUGCAAAGAGAGGAUCUGUGGGUGAGAGAAGGAAAGAUUCUAAACCCAGAGAAGCUGUUCUUUGAUGAAAAGAAACCCGCAGAUGUCCAGCUGGACUGCAAGGGCAGCAUCCUCGCCCCCGGCUUCAUUGAUGUGCAGAUCAAUGGAGGUUUCGGAGUAGAUUUUUCCCUGGCCACAGAUGAUGUGGGAGCAGGAAUCUCGCUAGUUGGCCAGAAGAUACUGUCUCAUGGAGUGACCUCUUUCUGCCCAACUCUGGUGACCUCCCCGUCAUCUGUGUAUCACAAGAUUCUCCCUCAGAUCUGUGUAAAAAAUGGAGGGCUUCAUGGCGCCGGCAUCCUAGGGGUUCAUCUGGAGGGUCCAUUCAUCAGCAAGGAGAAGAGAGGGGCUCACCCUGAGCACUGCCUUCGCACCUUUAAGACAGGAGCCUUCCAAGAAUUGCUGGACACCUACGGGUGCCUGGACGGCGUCCGUAUUAUCACGCUAGCGCCGGAGAUGAAGAGGAGCAGCAAGGUGAUCCAGGAGCUCACCAAGCGGAGCAUCUGUGUCUCGCUAGGUCACUCUGUGGCCAACCUGUCUCAGGCUGAAGAGGCUGUUCAGCAGGGGGCAACCUUCAUCACUCACCUCUUCAAUGCCAUGUUACCUUUCCACCAUCGAGAUCCAGGGAUUGUGGGGCUCCUCACAAGUGACCAGAUUCCCCCGGGUCGAAAGGUGUUCUAUGGCAUGAUAUCAGACGGGAUCCACACGAAUCCUGCUGCUCUGCGGAUCGCACACCGGGCUCACCCGAAAGGGCUGGUCCUGGUGACAGAUGCCAUUGCAGGUAUGGGUCUUGCCCCCGGCCGGCACACACUGGGCCAACAGGUGGUUGAGAUGGAUGGGCUGAACUCCUACAUUGCAGGGACCAAAACACUGAGUGGUAGUGUUGCAACAAUGGACACGUGUGUUCGACAUUUCAAGGAUGCCACUGGUUGCUCAGUAGAGGCAGCACUAGAGGCUGCUUCUCUCCAUCCUGCUCAGCUCUUGAAAAUCGAGGACAGAAAGGGCACCUUGGAGUAUGACACAGAUGCAGAUUUCUUGUUGCUGGACGACAGCCUCCACAUUCGGGCGACCUACAUUGCAGGCCAGCAGGUCUGGAGGCAGGACAGCUUCGCCAUCUGAAACUCAAAGCUGAGACUCUGAGAGCAGCGCUUCAGAUUGGUGGCAGAGAGUGGAUUCUAGCCAGUGUGCAGCACUUUUCCUCCAAAUGCCUUCUUUCUCUCUCUCGUUCUUGCUCCUGUGCAGUAGAAGCUGGUCCACUAGGGCACAUGGGGCAGUGUCCCACCAACCUCAGCCUGCCCUCAGCCAGCCCCCACCUGCCCACCUUCUUACUAAAACCAGCCGAGUGGGUGGCCCUGGCUGUCAACUUCCUUCUCCGUGAUAACGGUUUUGCCCCUGUAGAACUCUGCAAGAGGACAGGGACAAAAUUAUAAUCAUUUGGCUCUGGCUCCACCUGCUGUUGGCCUCCCUGCCUUCCACCCUACCAGUCCCAGUAAGCACCAGCCAUCGCUGGUUCCUGUGACUUGGGGUGAGGGGGAGGUUGUAUACAACCAAACAAGUUCUAGUUGUGGCAAUCCUUGCUUCUGUUCACAAGUUGCAUCCUGCACAAUGAGUCCUGUGUUUCCAAAGAGCUGUGGAUGGAACUAUCUAUUCUCUCGCCUUGCCCCAGAAAGCUAGGGUGACUAUCUGCCUGGCUAUUCCUCAGAUGUUGGCUUCUCCCAUUCAGUGUGUGAAAGCAGAGGCCUGGGGGACUGGUAUUGCACACAGCAGAAUGGAAUGAACCAAGAAGCUUCUGAGAUUGAUCAGCUAGAAUUCCUUUUCAAAUAAGUCUGAAAUCAAAGGGAUGGGAGGCUUGUUCCUUGAGAUUCACAGAAUGCUGAAUUCUGCAUUAGGUGCCACAGGGAAACUCUGGCUAUUUUCGUCUCAUGGUGCCUCUGCUGUGACCUUUCAGCUGUAACGCGCACACACAAACACACCUUUGUAAUGCUGGAAUGUCACUUUUGUUUUUGUUUUUUUUACGGCCAUUUGUCUUGUCACUGAUUAAAGCCGGCUAGGCAUCUGAUGCAUGUGAUUGCAGUUCAGUGCUAAGAUGCUACCAUGCA